AUGGCCUCUUGCGAUUCUCUGGUGAAGCGAACAAUAGACGAUCCCGAACCGCUGGAGCCGUCAAAAAACCCAAGAGCUUUGGAUGCUUCUCCAGGGAUAAUAUCGCCAGAGCCUUCAUCAAGGAAUUCCUCCCGGAACUCCUCGAGAUCUAGCUCCCCAUCUAAAUUGAAAAAAUAUAUCUGUCACUAUGAGAAUUGCGGCAAGGCGUACGCCAAGCCGUCGCUACUAGAACAACAUCUCCGCACGCAUACGAAUGAACGGCCGUUUCACUGCUCUUCUUGUGGUCAGUCCUUUAUCAGAAAAGACCAUUUGCAGCGACAUAUGCUCAAACAUACUGACGAGGACGCCAAACCGCUGCAUUGCUCAAUUUGCGGCAAGGGCGUGAAUACAAACCAGCAUCUUCGACGACACGAAAAAACGCAUUAUAAGUCGUUCAAAUGCACUUAUGAAAAUUGCACCGAGUCAUUCUAUAAACACCAGUCUCUCAAAGCACACAUCAAUUCUGUUCACAAUUCAUCGCGCUUGAAGUGCGAAGAAUGCGGCAAGAGCUUCAGUCGCCCGGGCAGACUCUCCGAUCAUAUGGAAAAACACCACAGCGCCACUCCAAAGCUCAUUUGCGAGUAUCCCGGCUGUUUCAAAGCGUUCAAAGUGUGGUCGGCUCUGCAACUGCACACAAAAUCCGAGCAUUCCAAGCUCUCGUGCGACAUCUGUGGAAAACGCUGUGUGGGGCCAACAGGAUUGGCCAACCAUAUGAAGAUUCACGACGAAGCGACCGCCGUCAAGAUAUGGAAAUGCUCGCACUGCGAGGAAAGAUUUCAAAAGAAGGAGGAUCUGACACAGCAUUACGAGAAAAGCCAUCCGGACCACCAGAGCAACGAGGAGCUUCAGUACGUCUCCUCGACUCCCUCGCCGAUCGAUGAAGUGCCUGUAUCGAAGUCAACGAAGCAGACGUUCCAGAGACAGCUCAAGAAGGGCAGAAUCGGGUCUGUUUUCAACCUGCUGGUCUCCAACGUGAACGAACGCACCAUUUUGUGCCAUCUGUGCAGCAGAGGGUUCAAGAAGGAGUACGAUCUACGCAGACACCUGGAAUGGCACGAAAAAAAAGGCCAAUCUACGAUGAAUCAAUAG